AUGUUGUCAGGUUGGACGACGCAUGGAAGGCUAUCUUGUCCUUAUUGUAUGGGAAGCACAGACGCAUUUCAGCUGAAAAGUGGUACGAAGACGUCCUGGUUUGAUUGUCAUCGGAGAUUUCUUCCCAUUAAUCAUCCGUACCGAAGGAACAAGAAAUUGUUUCGGUCAAAAAGGGUUGUACGAGACACCGCUCCGCCAUAUUUAUCUGGAGAGGAAAUUGAGAAAGAUAUUGAUUACUAUGGUGCACAAGACACAGUCAAGAAAGGGGGUAAUUGGCAUACUACUGCAAAUAUGUCUGCUGGUUACGGGACACAGCAUAAUUGGCACAAGAAGAGUAUUUUUUGGGAACUUUCAUAUUGGAAAAAUCUACUUCUACGCCACAAUCUUGAUGUGAUGCAUAUAGAGAAGAAUUUCUUUGACAACAUCAUCAAUACAUUGUUGAACGUCCCCGGGAAGACAAAAGAUAACAAGAACUCAAGGUUGGAUUUGCCUGCAUUAUGUUCUAGGAUUGAGCUGCAUAUUAGAAACGAUGGAAAAAUUUCGGUUCCCAUUUUCAGAUUGUCAGCAGAAGCAAAAGCAGCGUUGUUCAAGUGGGUGGCAUCAGAUGUGAAGUUUUCUGAUGGAUAUGUUUCAAAUUUAUCAAGAUGUGUUGAUCAGCAGGGACAUAAGUUUGCAGGGAUGAAGAGCCCUGACUGUCAUGUGUUUAUGCAACGAGUUCUACCAUUUGCAUUUGCGGAGUUGCUUCCAAAAAAUGUUCACGAAGUACUUGCAGGGAAAGCCAAAAAUCUGGCUAGGGUGGAAGGUUCAAUAGUUGUUGGGAGUUUGAAUGAGGAAACAUCUCACUUCACGUCGUACUACUUUGGGUCCCAAGUCCAAACACGGAAAACGACUACGAGCAGAUAUGAUGAUGGUGGUGUUAUGCUGACAUAUAUUGUUGAAGAUGUUCCAGACAUAUUCUGUCGUCUAGGUGGGAAAUUGAAAGAAGUUUGGUGGUCGAGUGAAGAUGAUGCUCACAGUGCCCACACAUAUAUACUUCUUAACUGCGAGGAGAUUGAGCCAUUUGAAAGCGAUUUUGUUGCCCAAGUCGAAGAAGCUAUACUAGGGAUAUCAACAAAUGAUCUCAACAAAAGGAAAGACCAACAUUUUGUGAAGUGGUUGAAAACGCAGGUUGAUUAUGAUGAUCCAUUCUAUCCUCAGUGGUUUCACGAAAUGAUACAAGGUCCGGUCGCUAAGGUCACCACAGCAUCAAUGUAUUUCACACGAGGCUACACUUUUCACACUUACGGAUAUGGAAGUCGGCGAGCAACAAUGAACUAUGGAGUAUGUGUGAAAGGUGAAACUGAUUUCUAUGGAAUCUUACAAGAGAUCAUCGAAGUGGAGUUCCCCGGCCUGGUGAAGCUGAAAUGCGUUCUCUUCAAAUGUGACUGGUUUGACCCCACCGUCAAUAGAGGUGUUCGGUAUAGCAAGUUUGGAGUUGUUGAAAUAAAUGCUACACGGAGGUACAACAAAUUUGGACCCUACAUAUUGGAAUCUCAAGCAGACCAAGUUUGUUUUAUUCCAUAUCCGAGGAUUAGACAAUCUGGAAUAUCUUGGUUAGCCACUGUAAAAGUUACACCUCGGGGUCGAGUCUUGACUGAUGAACAACCGCCUUUACAAGAAGAUACCGUAAAUGAAGUAGAAGUACCAGAGCAAGCUACAAAUGAUAUCUUACUUGUUGAUCCAUACAACCAGGGAUAUGAAGAACUUCCAGACGAUGCAACAGACGAAGCCCACGAAGAUUAA